AUGGUUUUGAGACAGGCAUUGUCGUUUGUUACAUUUUAUUUUCUUUAUAUGGCAACAACGGAGGGUGGAUUAGCUCCAAGCAGCGAUGAUAUGCCAGUGGGGGGGCCGAAGACGCCCCAGCAAAUCGCUGCCCAACGUCGCUUGCAACAGACGCAGGCCCAAGUUGAUGAGGUGGUGGAUAUAAUGAAGACGAACGUGGAGAAAGUUCUGGAGAGAGAUCAGAAACUUUCAGAGCUAGAUGACAGAGCAGAUGCAUUGCAGCAGGGCGCUUCGCAGUUCGAACAGCAAGCUGGGAAGUUGAAGAGCAAAUUUUGGUUGCAAAAUCUAAAGAUGAUGAUUAUCGCAGCGGUCAUUGGCAUUAUAAUUUUGGCUCUAAUCAUAGCCAACUUUGUGUGA